AUGGAGGGCUGGGAGUGCUUUGCAAGGGAGACAAUGACGUCUGCGCUGACCGCCUGCUGGGCAACUGAGCGCCUGGAACUGUCAGUCACGGGCAGGCUGAACAUGUGGCUGCUGGCCAUCUUCAGCCUGACAAACCUGAAGGAGCUGUUCCUGACGGCCAACAACACAUGGGUACGGAUUCCAUCAGCGCUGGGCAACCUGACAGCGCUGGAGGUGCUGCAGAUCAAGAUGGACAUCGACGGCGGGCGCAACAUGGCGGAGAAGUUUGUGCCGUUGGAGAUGCUGGGCUGCACGGCGCUGCGCCAGCUCAGCUUCCUGGGCUGCCAGGGCCUCGUGGUCUCCCCUGUCAUCGGCGAGCUCAUGUCGCUGCAGGCAUGCACUGCAUAUGCAGAUAUAGCGCUCACGGUGCACGGCACCAACAUGCGGCCGGGGCGAGACGCGAUCCACCCCUGUGCAUUCCAGCGCGGCUCCUUUGCGACCGCCUCGCUGACUUUUCUGCAGCUCACCGCCUGCAGUUUCGACGUCAUCCCCUUCCAGAUAUGCCAUCUGCACAGCCUGCAGAGCCUCAAUCUGAGCCAGAACAACCUGAGGAAGCUGCCCAAGCUGCUGGCGGCCUACCUGCGCAACCUGUCCUCGCUGGACCUGUCGCGCAACGACUUCCGCCGCAUCCCUCCGGUUCUGGCCUCCCUCCACAACCUGCGCCACCUCAGCCUCGCAGAAAACCCCGACCUGGAGGUGUGCGGGGCGGCGGAACGGGCGCAGCUGGGGUACAUCGGGCGGGAGGCGGUGGCGGAUGACGGCGUGGCGCUCACCUACGUCGUCUGCUCGCUGCCUGAGCUGGAGUGCCUGGACGUGCGCAAGCGCGUGCGCAGCAACCCCCAGCGCGAUCUAUCGCCCCCUCAAGACCCCUGGAAGCCGGCCUGCCGCGCCACGCUGGCCGAGGUCGCGCGCGCCGUCCGCGUCCGCUGCCGGUGGUGCGCCAUCCAGCGCUUCCUCUACGACGAUGCGCCCCCCGGUUUUCCCCCUGGAGCGACCACCGGUCCACCUUGCGGAGCGCCCUCCAGUUCACCCCCUGGGCAACCAGGGUCUGGCCCCUUGUGA